AUGUGGAAUCAAUUAAAUGAUGGAGAAAACACAGACGAUUAUAAUGGUGAGUCAAGGAAUGGAUUUUUUCAACGUCUAAAAAAAUAUAAGUUAUUUUUUUAUUUGUUUAUUGGCUUUUUAUUAACUUUGUUAAUUAUAUACGCCCUUUAUGAAUACUACUUUAAUAAAAAUGGUGAUUUUACAUUAAAUUGUAAUGAUUUAAAUGAAAGAUGUCUAAACUAUAAAUUCCCAAGUUUUAAGCCUGAAAGAUUGCAUAUUGUCGAUGUGAAUACAGAAAAUAAUAAUUAUAUAUUAAGAAGUAGCAUUCCAUUAUUUAAUGGAAUAUAUUCGGAGGAAAAAUUAUUAAGCUAUAUAAAAAAAUUAUUUGAAGAAAAUAAUUUAACCUACAGUGAUGAUUUAUCAUUACACAUAAUAUCAUUCUUGAGAAACGACUUAAAGGAGGGUUGUUCUUAUACUGCUGAACACUGCUAUAACAAGAAAAAUAAUAUCUUCCAUCAUAUUAUAUUAGGACAUCAAGAAAAUCCUUAUGAUAUAAAUGAAGAUGAAUUAAAUGAUAAACUAAACAGCAUGAGCUGGAACACGGAUAAUUUAAUAAACCGAAUUAAAGAUUUAAAAAAAAAAUUUAAUACCAUGAAGAAUACCAUAUUUUUUAUUCAUUGUAGAAGAGGAAGAGACAGAACUGGUGAAUUUGUAAGUGCAUAUAAAAUGAUAGAACAAAAUAAAGAUUUUAAUUCUAUAGUUGAAGAAAAUGAAGAAAUUGGAAAAGUAAAACCACAAUAUCUAAACAUGCAAAAAUGGUUAUGUUUAUAUUUAGAGAGAAUAUUGAAGAAUCCUAAUGUUAAAUGUUUUAAUUUUUUAUAA